CUCGGGUGACCUCCGGCGCGGCCGGGUCCUCCUCGAUCCCGUGGUGCUCCGCGCGCGCCCUCGUUCCUCUCUUCCGGUAGCGGGCAGCCCGGACAUAGAGGGCGGUCGCGGCGGUCGCGGCGGGCAGCGUCGGGCGGCAGAAUGUUGGCUACCAGAGUGUUUAGCCUAAUUGGCAAGCGAGCAAUUUCCACCUCAGUGUGUGUACGAGCGCAUGGAAGCGUCGUGAAGAGUGAAGAUUACGCUCUCCCGAGUUAUGUGGACCGGCGUGACUACCCCCUGCCCGACGUGGCCCACGUCAAGAACCUCUCUGCCAGCCAGAAGGCCUUGAAAGAGAAAGAGAAGGCCCCCUGGAGCAGCCUCUCCAUCGAUGAAAAAGUUGAAUUGUACCGCAUGAAGUUCAACGAGAGCUUCGCGGAAAUGAACAGGAGCACGAACGAGUGGAAGACGGUUGUGGGCGCUGCCAUGUUCUUCAUCGGCUUCACCGCUCUCCUCCUGAUCUGGGAGAAGCACUAUGGUGAGUGGGGGUCGCGGGGGCCUGGGGUCUCGGGUCGCAGCCACGCAGGCCCGGAUCGGGUCGGCUACGCGCCGUCUACCGGCGCCCGGGAGUGGGCCGUGGGCGGCUGUGCACGAGGCGGGCGCCCCCGUUCUGGGGUCCGGCUCACGUUCACCGAAGCGGUGUAAGCCACCUUCUGACUU